GAUCACAACCGGCUUUGUUUUUCUCUUUAUAAGCCUUAUAGGAAACGCAAAAAAUUGCGGAAAUUAGUCAAACUCAAAGAGACAAAGAUCUGGCUCUUCAUCAAGUUGUUUGUUGAAUAAUGUAGGAUGACAUUGAUGUAUUAAAGAAGCAACAGAAAAAAAAAACAGAUAUGGAUAACUCUGAAAAUUCCAACUGUGCUGUGAUGAAUGAUGAUGACCAGCUUGCUCCUCUGAUAAGAGGCAAUAGCUCAAGUGUUAGCACCAGUACUGGUACGUCAAGCACUAAGACCCCUCGCACUCAUCUUCCUGGAAAACCAUCCAAGAUUCAUGUGACUCUGUGUAUCUUGAUAACAGAGUUAUGUGAAAGGUUAACAUUCUAUGGCAUUACAGCUAAUCUUGUGCCAUUUUGUCAUGACAUGCUGAAUUUGGCAACACCUUUACCAUCCACGAUAAAUCUUGUUUUUCAAGGUACAUGUUAUCUCAUCCCAGUGGUUGGUGGUUUGCUUGCCGACUCUUAUAUGGGUCGUUUCAAUGUGAUAUACAGCAGCUCUCUUAUAUAUGUGGUUGGAACACUCUUACUAGCUACAGUGUCACUAACAGAUGAUUCUUAUUCAAAACAUUUUGGAGAAUCUCAAGUUAUGGGAAAUAUAGCAAGGCAGAUCUAUUUUGCCCUGGCAUUAUUCUUCCUGGCUUUGGGUACAGGUGGGAUUAAAGCCAAUGUCUCACCAUUCGGUGCAGACCAGGUCCGAGAGGAGGGUCCAGGUGCCAUCCAAAGAUUCUUCAACUGGUUUUACUGGUUCAUUAACAUUGGCUCAUUUGUUUCCUUCACCCUUGUUGUAUGGAUUCAACAAGAAGAAAGCUUCUUCUUGGGCUAUACUAUUACAGCUUGCUCGAUGUUUCUUGGUGUCUUGACAUUUCUUAUUGGUCGUAAUAGCUAUAUCGUACAUCCCCCUGGUGGUAGUAAUCUGGCUGAUUCUUUUAAAGUCAUUGGACUUGCAAUAAAGAGGAAAAUGAAAAAUAUCCCCAAAAUAAAAGGGGAAAGUUGGUUAGAUCUGGCAAAGGACAGCAGAGGAGGAAGAUUCUCAGCCACACAGGUGGAUGAUGUCAAGUCCCUUCUAAGAAUAUUACCUGUUUUUGCAAUGUUUGUAAUUUAUUGGACACUUUAUUCACAGAUGCAGACUAGUUACCUCAUCCAAGCUCAAUACAUGAAAAUUAAUUUGGGAUUUAAUUUCAAUCUUCCUGCAGCAUCUUUAUCAAUAUUUGAUAUUUCAAGUGUACUACUUCUAAUUCCAUUUAUGGACAAGGUCAUCUACCCUCUACUACGCUACAUUGGGAUUAAAUUCACUCCACUGAGGCGGAUUGGUGUGGGGAUGAUUUUUGCUGCUGCCUCUGUUGCUGUAGCUGGCUUUGUUGAGAUAAAAAGGAGGAAUUGCUAUGAAAAUGGCGAAUUCAUCACGCAAAAUCUCUUCAAUAAGAAUUUCAAUGCUUCAAACAUGACUGUAUUUUAUCAAGUACCACAAUUUGUCCUAAUUGGAACGAGUGAGGUUUUUACAAGCAUAACAGGCUUGGAAUUUGCCUACUCCCAAGCUCCAAGAUGCCUCCAAGGAUUGGUAAUGGGGAUUUUCUUGGUCACCUCUGGUCUUGGGAACUUCUUAUCCAGUGCACUAACAAACAUUGUAUACAGUAUCGACAAGAAGUGGUACCCAGAAGACCCCAACAAUGGGAACCUUGAGUAUUAUUUCUUUCUCUUAUCAGGGUUAAUGUUUGUCAAUUUUUUGAUUUUUAUUCUUGUGGCCCUUAACUACAAAUAUGUUGACCACAGGAGAGCAAGGAAAAAUGUCAUUCCUCAAAAUUGGGAUAACUCUCAAUCUAAUUCAAAGUCUUUAGAAGCUUGAAUAAUACAUUACCAAAUUGUAGGAUGAGCAUUGUUGGAUGUGAGGACUGCAGAAUACUCUAUAAAUACGUGGGUGUAUAGGUGGAGGAGGAGGUUUAAUAGGUUGAAAAUAUUUAGUAGAUUACGGUGCAUAAACGUACCAUGAAAUGACUAUAAGUUCAAAGCUGGAUGCAUGAAGUUGAUAUUGGCCCAAUAGUCCCUUCCAUGGUCUCUUUGCCGCCAUUUGAAUUACUACGGGGCCACCCCAGACUAAAUUACAAUGUGCACUUUGCAAUAGACUGCCGUCAAUCAAACAUGUUGACGUCAUUUACACCUGGUGAGUGUGGCUCACAAUACUUGUUAAAACAAUCGAUAAGUUUUGGCCCCUUUUGAAUCACUCACGCAUGUAAAUGAUGUCAAUGUGUUUGAUUGAUGGCAGCCUAUUGCAAAGUGCACGUCGCGAUUUUUGUCUGGGGUGGCCGAGUAGCAAAUCAAAUGGAGGUAAUGGAAAAAAAUGGUAAAAAGAAUCAAGAAUCAUUUUUACUAAUAUUUUGCACUGCUCAACUUAAUAAUGAUCAUUCAUUAUUAUUGAUUUUCCAUUUCUCAACAAUUGAUAAUAAUUUAUAAUUAUCACUCUACAGAUACUGUAGGUAUCAUGUGAAAUGUAAUUGAUAUUUUAUUUCUUCUACUGACUAUGGGAAUUAUGGUAGCACAUAUGAAAUUUCCCCCUUUUUUAAAAACCUGUCAUUUAGUGCAUUACAGGAAUUCAAAACAAGGCAUGUCCAGCAUAUCUCAAAACUUAUUAUUUUCUCAAUUCAUCACCUCCCUAGAUUCAUUAUAUUUUGCUUAGAUGUGGAAAGUGUCGAAAUUUGGUACUAAAAUAAUGGAGUUUUAUUAAGUACAACUUGCUUUCAUUUAAAAAUAGCUAUUAUUAAUUACUAUUUUAUUAGUUUUGUUUUAUUAGGUUGGUCACCACUGUUUUUAUUGCAACGUGCUGAUCAAGACAAAAUAAACCAAAUCCACUGGCGCAAUGUUUUCCCAUUUCAGACCACAUGUCCAUAUGUUGUAUCCAUAUUCAUGUGUCUUCUCAUGCGCAACCUAAUAAACAAAGAAAUUAUACUCAAGGGAAUGACAUGUGCUGAAAUGGGAAAACAGUGGAUUUAGGUCUAUUUAAAAUAUCAUGUCAAAAGGUUGAUGGGCAAUGUGAUGUUCCAGAAUAUAAUAAAUAUAUAUGUAUAUACCCCA